CCUGUCCUUUUGAACAAGACAUCAUGCAUUUAAAACUUUUAAUCAUAUGCUUUCUGUUCUUAAGUGUUAAUUGUAUCUAUAGUCAGAAGACAACGAAUAUUACCAACCAGGAGACCGUAUCCGAUCUUCAGAAUAGAGUUUCCAUACUGGAGAGAACUGUGUCAAAAAUGCUGACCGGAAAGGACAACACUAACCUCACAAGUAUCAACACCUUAAACGUAGCAAGUGGAGGCAUUCCUAUCUUCAAUAACACUGCUGUGAUAUUUUGCGCUCGAACCAGUAGUGAUAGGAGUGGCAUAAAUACGGGAUACAUUCUGAAGUUCCCUACAGUCAUAACUAACGUUGGAAAGCACUACAACCCGACGGACGGAAUCUUUAUCGCACCUGUUCACGGCAUUUACCUGUUCUACUGGACCAUGCAGUGUAUCAACAUUGGAAGUUCUUUCUGUAGUACAGUUCUUAAAAUAGACAGUGCAUUGAAAGGACAGAUAAGAUCUGCAGAAAAUGCAGGAAGUUAUUACCAUACUGGGUCCAAUACAGUCAUCGUUGAGGUGGAAGCUUGGGAGCAUGUGUGGAUUGAAAAUGUAGAUUAUACAAAUGUUCGCAUUUACUCUUAUUCCUCAUUCGGGGGAUUUCUUUUGUCCAUUUUAUAAACAUUCUGAACGCCUGUUAAUUCUGUAAAUUAACGUGAUCAAGAAAUUACAAGUCCCCGAUUUAUUCUUAUUUUGGUUAAGAUUUUAAAUUUUGAGUUACAAUUGUUUCCAAUCGUUUAGCAUGUGUUGUCACUGUAACUCUAUUUGUUUUUAAUAGAAAAUCUGAAAAAUAUAUAUGUAAAUAGUGUUUUCUCUAAGAAGAUAGCAGCAUAAUUUUUUCUCAGAGUUUGAAUUGUGACAGGAAUGUUGCAAAUUAUAGGGUGCUGUCCGUUGGCUAUUAAAAUAAAAGACAUGCAAUUUACACUAACGAGAAAGUACAGGUCAGCUGACUGAAAAUCUAUUUAUAAUUUUUAUUCAUGCUUUUCUAUAAAGUUGCUGAAGGACUGCAAAAGUAAUUCAAUAAAUUUGUCUUAAUCGGAAAA